CCAACCGCUGCUAAACACCAAGUAGAAGAAGAAGGAGGGGCUCCGGCCGUAUGGGGGAGCUGUGGAGCACCAGAGUCCGUGUCCCAACAGAAGAAGACUCCGUGGAUCAAGCAGGCUGACGUUCGGUUCGUUGGAGGAGGCUGGAUAAAGAUGUCGGGCUCCAAGGUGAAGCAGGACAUGCCUCCUACAGGAGGAUAUGCCCCCUUUGACUAUAAGAGAAACCUACCUAAACGAGGACUUUCGGGUUAUAGCAUGUUUGGCAUUGGCAUCGGUGUCAUGCUGGUUGGUUACUGGCGAAUGUUCAAUUGGAACAGAGAGAGGCGGCGCUUCGAAAUGGAGGAACUGGAGACCAGAAUAGCAUUAAUGCCUCUGAUGCAGGCAGAGCUUGACCGAAGUACCUUGAGGAUGCUGAGAGAAAACUUAGAGGAGGAGGCGAUCCUCAUGAAAGAUGUUCCAGACUGGAAGGUUGGCGAGAGCGUCUUCCACACGGACCGCUGGGUCACGCCUCUGACAGAAGAGCUCUUCAACCUCCGGCCACGCGAAGAGCUUUUGCACCAGAAAUAUGGCUUUGCGUGGUACGUGUAAUCACAACUGGGGAAAAAAGCCCCUAGCCUCAACUUUUGUGUGAAUUUUAGCCUUCGCUCACGUCACCUUGUAAAUGUAAAAUAAAACAACUUUUUUUCCUGUA